AUGGACUUCCCGGUCACGAGAAACCUGGCCCAAGCACUGGCGCGAAUGCGUUUUGUGGACGGCAAAGACCGUGUGCUCUGGGUCGAUGCCGUCUGUAUCAACCAGAGAAGCAUUGACGAGAGAAAUGCGCAGGUUCUGAGAAUGGCUGACAUCUACGGUUCUGCAUCGCGUGUGAUGGUGUGGUUGGGCGAGUCUAGCACAGAGAGCAGAAGUGCGGUCAGUUUCUUCAGCAAAUGGACGGCUCCCAACUGGGAUGCGGAGAAAGUCAUCGAUUCCUAUGCGACCAAUAAUCAGAAAUGGCGCGAUCUCACCCACGGACUACUGGAGAGGGAAUGGUGGACACGCAUGUGGAUAGUCCAAGAGGUCGUGCUGGCGCGUGCCAUUAUGAUACAAUGCGGGCCUGACACCCUUUCGUGGGAUCUACUGGCGGCCAUCUCCAUGGUGUCGCACACAAACAACCUCGUCCUUGAGUACAGCAGCAAGACCGCGGCGUUCGAUGGUUUCCGCUAUGCACCCAUGACACUCACUUUCGUCCAGAUGGAGUACCAAGAAAAUGGCCGGCUACCAUUGUCGACCCUCAUGGUCAAAUUUUCAAAGAACCAGUGUCGCGAACCAUCCGACAGAGUAUAUGCUCUCCUUGGGAUGGCAACUAACCCGAAAUAUUACCAGAUAAAACCAAAUUAUCGUACCAACCCCGCCAUCGUCUACAUGGGCGCGACUGAGCGCUUCAUACGCGAAGUUCAAUCGUUGGAUAUUAUCUGUUUGGGCCGCGGGACCAACCGCGAUGGAAACGUUCCUAUGUGGAAACCAGGACUGCGUGAACGUAGUCGUCUCGCUGGGCUGCCAAGUUGGUCGCCUGACUUUCGAACCCGGCCGGGAGAGGAUCCUGCUUCCUUGACACGACUCGGCAUUUCCGAGACUCCAGGGUUUUCCGCAUGCGGUACACGAAAGCCAAUCAUUCGGUUUCUACCUUCUGGCAAACUGCUGGCCAUGGGAGCUGAGGCUGGCUGCAUCGGCGCACUAGGUGCGACCUCUGAGAUCAGGCGCAAAGGCGACAACAAUGACCCGGACCUUGGGGAGCACAUUGGAAAUAUUCUCCAAGAGGCUGUGGUUCUCGCUCUUGGAGGAACUGAGAUGCCGCUCUACCAUACCCUGUAUCCUUUCGCAGAAGGCAUGACGUACCACGAGGUACUGUCGCGAGUGCUCGUAUGUGACACUAACGCCUACAACCAGAGAUGCAAAAAGGGAGAAGGAUGGUUUCAGGCGGAUAACGUUCCUCCAGCUGAUUUCGAGGCUGGUCUUGAUGAGAGAGUGCGGCAGCAAUCUUGGAGUAGUAAGGUCGGACUGAUGAAAUCCCACUGGAGAGACGGGCGGCGUCUGAUGGUGUUGACGGCAGGCUUGCUUGGCUUGGCACCUGAAGGUGCCAGGGAGGGAGACUUCAUCAUCAUACUGUUUGGUUGCAGUGUCCCCCUUGUGAUGAGGUCACAUGGAAAUGAUUUCGAGGUUAUUGGUGAAUGCUAUGUGCAUGGAAUUAUGAACGGAGAGUACCUGGAUGUGGAGCCUAGUAUUACCGAGUUUUCUCUAAUCUAG